CUCCCAUACUACCCAUAGUCCUCUGCGUUUCGACCUCUGGCGGAAGUUUGCCCAAACUACCACACAAUUAAGGCACUCUCUGAACUUUGCAUAGUUGUGAAUUAUCUUUAUUUUAGAUGUGACCAACGUCUGAGAAUCAAGGAAUGGCUACUGCCACCACCCAGGCACAGGAGCUCAUCACCUGUGAUCUAAACUGUGUCAAGUCUGUCCAGCAAUUCUGUAACAGCUGCCAAGUCGGUAUGUGUGCAGACUGCAUCAACAAACAUGUCAACGACCUCAAGUCAAUGAAACAUGACAUUGUUCCCUUCACAAAGCGCACAGUCCAACUGGUGUUCCCUCAGUGUACAUCUCAUUCCCACCAGAGAUGCGAGGGUCACUGUCAACAGUGUGAUGUCCCAGUCUGCAUAAAAUGUCUUCUGGGUCCUCGUCAUAAAGGACAUGAUGUUGUGGACAUGGCAGACAUCAUUUCCAGGAAGAGAGAAAACAUUAAAAGAGAAACAGAAGAAAUCGAAAGCAGCAUUAUUUUAAAGAACAAGUCCUGUGAUGCAGAUGUUGAAAAGAAAAUUUCCAAAUCCAAGGCCCACUACUCCGAUUUAGAAAAACAAGCUAAAGAUAAAAGAAAGAAAUGGCACCUAGAAGUAGACAACAUCUUUGAUACACUUGAAUCACUGAUCCAAUCACUCAAAGAUCAAGAAAUUACCAUUCUGAAGUCAUGCCAGUCCCAACUCAGAAGUCAAAAUUCCAGUAUGACCCAAACUGUUCAAGAAAACAAAGAAAUCCUGAAGUCCAAUAAAGUGUUUGAUGUCAACCAUUACAAAUCCAAACUGACUAAAUUCAGAGCCAUUCCACAAGUACCUGAUGUAAUGUCACCCUCUCUCAAAACAAACACAGUCCAAGGGAGAGAACUCAGUCUAGAAUUAGGAGAAUACAGGGCCACACUGACACAGACAACACUAUCACUACCCAGUCUGACAGAUGAAGUCCUCUAUUUAUCUGUUAAGGAAUUAUUAAAAGAAGCCAAAGUGAUUGCAAACAUUCCAACAAAUGUCAAACCGUUACAAAGAGUAGCCUGUGUUGGAUCAGAUAGAGCUUGGAUUAGUGGAACAGACAAAAUGAUACGAUGUGUUGACAUACAUGGAACUGUUACUGACACUGUCAACAGUACAUAUAAUAAGUCCCCUUAUGACAUUACAGUGAACAGACAGGGAGAACUGAUUUACAGUGAUACCAUCAGUAGAACUGUGAACAUUGUCAGACACGGGAAGACAGAGACACUGAUCACCACACCACGGGGCUGGAAGCUAGGGGGACUGUGCUGUACUAGAUCAGGGGACAUCUUAGUCAUUAUGAAAACUACUGAUGAUCGCCAUUGCAAAAUCGUUCGUUAUCAGGGACAGAGAGUCACACAGGAAGUAGACAAAGAUGAAUAUGGCAAUCCAAUCUAUGGAGGGGGGAUAUAUGGAGUGUUUAUGACGGAGAACGACAACGGUGACAUCGUGGCUUCUGAUUCUAAUGCUGACACAGUGGUAGUGGUGGACAGGACAGGAAAAGUCCGAUUUCGAUACAACGACAAACCACCGGAGGGACAGAAACCAUUCCAUCCUGCAAAGAUAGUGACCGACUCCAUGCGUCAUAUCAUUGUGGCAGAUUUUAACAAUGCCUGUCUCCACAUUCUAGACCAGAAUGGACAAUUCAUUAAAUGUGUUGACACUUGUGGAUUAAAUGAUGGGCCUGUUGGACUGAGUGUGGACAGUGAGGGGAGGUUGUGGGUUGGGUUAUAUGAAUCAGGAGAAGUGAAAGUGAUCCAGUACAUGAAAUAAACACCCAGACAUUCGUGUACAUUGAUAUGUUAGAUGUCUGUGAUGCGUGGAUUUCCUAAACCUCACACUAAGCACAUGUAUCAAGUGUAUACAGAAAACAUAUCUGAAUAUUUUACUGAAAAUAAACGUUAAUGGCAAACUAAUAAUUCAAGGUUAUGACAAACAAUAUGACUUCAGAUUCUUCAUCAUCAAUUUCCCAAACUCAUGUUGCAGUAUUACAGUCUCCUGUAUAUUGUGUUUAUGUCUCAAGUGAUUCAUUAUGUGAUAGCAUGUUUUGUGUGUGAUCAUCUCUUACAAUGAGACAGGCUGCUUUGAUAUAAACUUUCUUUUCUCUAUCUCAAUUACAAUAUGAAUAAUCAGCACAUCGAAGUCGUUACAAAUUAUGAUCAUUAGGUGAAAUAAAUCAUGUUGAGCUUCUUUUCCCCUCUCAAUCACAGUACGCAUAUCAGUACAUUGAAAUUGCUACAAAUUAUUUGUUUUAUACAAUUAGUAGACACUAUUAGGUGAAAAAUUUCCCCUCUAUAUAAUACUUUAUUUUUAUGUAUCAUAUAUGAUCAUAUGAUCAUAUAUGAUCAGAGUUAAAAAAAAAACAAAAAACAAACAACCGACAUUUCUCACAAUGAACAUUCAAGGUAUUCUAUUUUACUACUAUCUGGUUGUAUACAAUAUCAAACUAUAUAAUCAUGUAGUAAGUACAAUGCACAUAAAAUAAACGUAGAGUUGAGACA